AGAAGAAAGUAUACAAAUACACUCUCUUUUUUUAAAGAAAAGAAGAGGGUUUUUCUUGCUUCUCUUUAUAAAUUAAGAUCUGAAAUCUUGAUUUCCAGUUCACUUUUUGCGAUCACAUGCAAAUAUAUAAUGUGGGUCUGCUCAGCAAUGGAGUAACCACAGCUUCUAUAAUCAAGUCACUGACACCAUAAGCCAGCUACACCACUCUCGCUCUCCUACACAUUGCCUUAACGUAACUCGAAAGCAAAAAUCAAAUAUCAUUAGCACAAACAAGCUAUUCGUGUUCUUUUCGCAAAGGUGUAAUGGAUGGUCUAUCUUCUACAACUAUUUUUCCGAGUACAUUUCAAAGCGGUCAAGAUGAUAUUACGAGUCAGCUUAAUUUGGUAUGGCAAGUAUUGAAAGCGCCAAUUCUUGUGCCGGUUUUGAAAUUAUUGGUGACAAUGUGCUUAGCCAUGUCAAUAAUGCUAUUCAUUGAAAGAGUGUAUAUGGGUGUUGUGAUUGCUUUUGUAAAAUUGCUUGGGAGGAAACCAAGCAAGAGGUAUAAAUGGGAGCCUAUGAAGGAUGAUAUUGAGCUUGGCAAUUCUUCUUAUCCUAUGGUUUUGGUGCAAAUUCCAAUGUACAAUGAAAAAGAGGUUUAUCAAUUGUCCAUUGGAGCUGCAUGUGGGCUUUCAUGGCCAUCUGAUCGGAUCAUAAUCCAGGUGCUUGAUGAUUCAACAGACCCAGCUAUCAAGGUAUACAUACCUAAACCUACUUCUUCUUCUUCAUUUUUUUUUUUUUUUUUUAGAAAAAUAAAUAAUAAAGGUAAAUUAAUUUGGUAUUUACAGAGCUUGGUGGAAAUGGAAUGCCAGAGACGGGCAAGCAAAGGCAUAAACAUAAAGUAUGAAAUUAGGGACAAUAGAAAUGGGUAUAAAGCAGGAGCUCUUAAAGAGGGAAUGAAACACAGUUACGUAAAACAAUGUGACUAUGUCGCCAUUUUUGAUGCUGACUUCCAGCCUGAGCCUGACUUCCUUUGGCGUGCCAUUCCUUUUCUUCUCCAUAACCCACAAAUUGGUCUUGUUCAAGCUCGUUGGAAGUUUGUGAAUGCUGAUGAAUGCUUAAUGACAAGAAUGCAAGAAAUGUCAUUAGAUUAUCAUUUCAAAGUCGAGCAAGAAGUGGGCUCUUCAACUUAUGCUUUCUUUGGUUUCAAUGGAACUGCCGGUGUAUGGAGAAUUUCAGCUUUAAAUGAAGCUGGUGGAUGGAAGGAUCGAACAACGGUGGAAGAUAUGGAUUUAGCUGUCCGGGCUAGUCUUAAAGGAUGGAAAUUCGUUUAUAUUGCUGAUCUUAAGGUAAAAAAUGAAUUACCAAGUACAUUCAAAGCAUACCGAUACCAGCAGCAUAGAUGGUCUUGUGGCCCUGCAAAUCUGUUCAAGAAAAUGGCAAUGGAGAUAGUAAGAAAUAAGAAAGUAUCAUUAUGGAAGAAGCUGUAUGUGAUCUACAGUUUCUUCUUUGUUCGAAAGAUCGUAGCUCAUAUUGUCACAUUUCUAUUCUAUUGUGUUGUUCUUCCUGCAACUGUUUUGGUUCCUGAAGUACAAGUUCCCAAGUGGGGAUCUGUUUAUAUUCCUUCAACUAUCACUCUCCUUAAUGCUGUUGGAACUCCAAGAUCGUUACAUUUGCUGAUUUUCUGGGUUUUAUUUGAGAAUGUGAUGUCUCUACACCGGACGAAGGCAACAUUUAUAGGUUUGGUGGAGGCAGGGAGAGUGAAUGAAUGGGUUGUCACUGAAAAACUAGGAGAUGCUCUUAAGAGUAAAGGUAGUGCCAAAGCUCCAAAGAAGCCUCGUAUUAGGAUUGGAGAAAGAAUCCAUUUGCUAGAGCUUGGUGUUGGAGCCUAUCUCUUCUUCUGUGGGUGCUAUGAUUUUGCCUUUGGAAAGAACAGCUACUUCAUAUACCUCUUCCUACAAUCUAUUGCCUUCUUUGUUGCAGGAAUUGGCUAUGUUGGAACCUUUGUCCCCAACUCUUAGCCAAAAAACAAAAAGAAAA